AACAGCUGUAAUAAAUGUCACUCAGACAACUCAGAAAAUUAGAAAAGCUUAAAAAUCAGAAAGCUCAAGAAGAAGCAGAGGCGGAAAAGGAAGAUAUAACAGAAGAGGCUGAAGGAGAGGGAAAUGAAGAAGAGACAUAUGAAGAAACUACCCCUAAAAUAUCUUUCACACAAUUCGCCGGUUUACUUAAUAUCUCCUCUGACGAUAAUGAUGAGGAUAAUGGCUCUCAAGAGGAAACUGAAGCGAAAGAGAAGCAGACCCAGCAACAACAGAAAUCUAAGAAAAAGAAGAACAAGAAGAGGAAACGCAAUAAGAAAAAGAACAAGCAGAAGGAUGAAGAAGAGAAGGAUCAGGAACAAGAAGAGGAAGACAUCCUAAAUGAAGCUAUCCAGGAAAACCAGCAAGAGCUUGAGAAAAGACCUGAGCUCGACCAGACCCAAGUCAGUGUCCUCAGCAUGAGAGCUAAGUUCUUUGACCCAGACAGAGAGAUGAGACAGAGACUUCAAAGCAAAGGAGCUGGCAAAUUGGCAGAUCUUGAGGAAGAAAAAGGCACUCCUGACGAAUUUGAAGGGCUCAAUACAAAGCAAAAGAAGAUGAUGAAGAGAAUGCAGCAAAGAGCUACCAAUAAGAAGACUCUAUUCGUCAAGCCAGAGAAAGACUGGGCUAUGUAUAACUCAAUAACUGCCUAUAUGGAGUCUGAUAGAGAUGAAAAUGAUAAUAAGGUAUUCAAGUUCAUUGAAAGAGACUUGUACAAGGAAAUUCAGAGAGAGUUCAAAUCAAUCCAGCAGACUUUUGAUAUCCAAAUGAUGCUUCGCUUCUUGUCUAAAAACUUUUUCCAUCAUGAAACUUUGAUUCAUGUUGCAGACUUCAUGAGAAUGCAAGGUAAAUUCCCAGACUCAGUGAAAUUAAUCCAAAGAUGAAUGUACGCCUUUGAAAUCCUGUUUUCAAAAGAUUUUGUCAUUUGCGGAAACAAACCUUCUACAAGAAUAGAUUUUAAUUCUGAAGAAUCUAACCUUCCAAGUGUUUUUGCAGAUUGCUUAGUAAGGUAUAUCGAUCACUUAGGAAGAAAAGGGUGUUGCAGGACAGCACUAGAGUUUACAAAAUUCUUCCUCAGCCUCGAUCCAGAGAGGGAUCCCUUUGGAAAUUUACUUAAAAUUGAUUAUUAUGCUUUAAGAGCUGGGGAGUAUCGGUACUUAACCACUUUCGCUGAGAAUUAUUCGAAUGAAUUCCAUAGUCAUCCACUCCAGACAGUUCUAUUCACUCCAAAUAUCUUAUUCUCUACUGCUUUUGCUAAAUACAAGUUGGAUGAGAAGGUAGACAACAGAACAAAGAUGUUAGACGAUGCUCACUCCUCUGUAAAUAUCUUCGUCUCCUUAAUUUCAGAGAAGGCAGGUGAAGAGAGUCCAAAAAUCUUGCAGUCAUUGUACAAUCUAAGUGCAGAUGCCUUGUUGAUGCUUGGGCUAUCCUUCUAUCCCGCUCUAGUGAAACUGAUCCUCAUAAAGUGAGAGGUUGAGAAAAAGCCAAAUUUCUGUAAAUCCUACUUCAAAGGACAUCAGAAGGAGCCAUGGAGUAAGAUCUUGGACCACUCCAUCUUUGAUUUUAAUGAAGAUAAUGAGGUACUUGAAAAUUCCCUUGGGCUAGACUCUGAUUUACUCAACAAAUUGUUCGAUCUCUAUGUUGACAGAUCUUCAGAAUGAUACAAAGAUGACGAAAUCAUCAACUGGAUGAAGGAAACAAUCGGAUACGUCCUUAAUGAGGUUGAUGAAGAAAAUUUUGAUAGAGAGGUCCUAUUCCAAUUCAUUUUCAACUCCAUUGGACUUCCAUUCCAACUCGAUAGAUAUUCAGGGCUAAGCAAAGAAUUCUUCAAUGAUGAUUUUACAACUGUUAACCCACAAGAUCUUCUUGGUCCAGGAGCUGAUGGAGGUAUGGGAGGUAUGAACCCAGCAGAUAUGCAACAAAACAUGCAAGACCAGAUGCAAAAUCUACAGCAAAUGAUGGGACAAGGGGGCCAAAGAGUCCGAGUUCGUCAAGCCAGACCUCAGGUUGAUCAUGAUAACUUAAUCCUUGAAGAAGAGAAUGCCGCUCUUGAGCAGCAAAUCAUCCUUGAUCAUAUUGCUAACCAGCAACAAAUCCAAGAUGAGGAUGAGGAAAAUUUCGUGAUUAACGACGCAGGUGAUGAUGAAGUUAGAAGAAAUAGAGGAGAGGAAUAAUACUAAAAUUUUAACAAAAUCAACCA